CUAUAAGGCUGUUUUUGUACAACUGUGUAGAGAUGGUGAGCUACAUCGCUGGCCUGCUGGUGAACUUGGUGAGGAGCGACACUUCCGGUGUGUUCGCGUGCCCAGCGUUGCGAUUUGGGACGCGGCCCGGGCAGGGAACUCGCCCAGCCAAUCAGGGCACGCGCGCGCCUUUGUAUUGCCCUUUGACCCCGUGCGGGCUCACUCGAACCCUAACAAACAUGGAGGUGGAUUUCGGAGACAGUGAGCUGUUCGAGCAGUUCGAAGCGGACGCUCCUGUCGCCACGCACAUUAGGUUUACCGAAGAGGACGACGAGGAGGACGGAGCUGCGGACCUGCACGAGAGGCUGGAGGAGCGGGAGGACGCCGUGAGGCGACUCAAGGCGGAGAAUGAGGAACUGAAGAGAAAGUUAAAUUUCCUGAGUCGUCCUAAGGGUAUUAACGUGGUCAAUUCAAAACUUGAUGGUCCCCUCUGUCAGAUUCUUUUCGGAAACAACAACAUCUCAAAACAGUGCCGGCAGGAGAUUGAGGACCACAUCCUCAGUCUGAUUCAGCACCACCAGCAGAAUAAUGUCCAGGAUGCGUCGGCUUUACACCCACAACCACAGAACUCAAGUUUUGUCAUGGAGGAAACCCAAGAAACAAAUGCAGCACCAACAGAAAAACAUGUUCGAGAUGCAUUUUGUGUGGUGGGGAGCGUGCUUUACUUCACCACCUUCUGUCUGGAUAAACUCGGUCAGCCCCUUCUCAAUGAGAAUCCUCAGUUGACAGAUGGAUGGGACGUUCCCAAGUAUCAGCAAGUGUUUGCCCAGAUCAUGGCGCUGGAGGGGCAGGAAGUGCAGAUCAAGGAGAAGAGACCUAAACCGUGCUGCUUUAACUGUGAUGCUGAUGACCACCAGCUACGAGACUGUCCAAAGCCCAAAGACAUGGGACGGAUCAAUGCAAAGAGGAAAGAGUUUGCGCAGGUUAACCAGGGCAACAUUCUGAGUAACCAGCGCUACCAUGUGGAGGAGGUGGAGGAGCGCUUCUCCAAGUACAAGCCGGGAAUCGUGAGUAAGGAUCUUCAGGAUGCCCUCGGCAUUGUUGCUAACACACUUCCACCGUUUAUUUAUCGUAUGAGAGAGCUUGGCUACCCGCCCGGCUGGUUAAAAGAAGCAGAGAUGGAAAACUCGGGCCUGACGCUCUAUGAUGGUAAAACCUCAGGAGAGGAGGACUCAAACGGCCCUAAUCAAACUGUAUGCUAUGAUGUCUCAAAGCUAGUGGAUUUCCCCGGUUUUAACGUGUCGGCGCCCUCCGGUGUUAGAGAUGAUUAUCGGUCAUUUGGUUCCAUCCCGAUGCAGCCUCAACACUGGAAGGCAACGUUUGCUGCUCAGUUGUCAGAUAUGUAUCCAGCGCAGCCCGAGUCCAUGUCUAUGAAAAGGUGCCACGACUCGCAAAUGACACCACAGCAGACCAAGAAGCGGCGCACGAACUCUGACGCUUGCGGGAGCUCAGAUAUGGACACAGACUCGGAUCUUGACACUCCUGUACGAGACCGAUUUGACGAUUUCCAGUUUCAGCCUCCACUACCUCCAGACUCUCCACGCAUAAGCACACCUCCACCCUUACCCCUGGGGACACCUCCAGUCACGCCCACCCCACCGCCUCUCCCUAAAGGCACACCCCCUCCAACACCUCCUACACACCCAGGAUCUCCGGUUCUACCGGGGCGGGGCGGAGCCGGUGGGGAGGAGUCGGAGGAUGGACUAACCUUGGAGGAGCUGGAGGAGCAGCAGCGGCUGCUGUGGGCGGAGCUCGAGAGUGCAGAUAACGGCAACAGUGACUCCACCAGCACACCUGGCGUAGCCUCGCCCCCGUCAUCUCCGUUACCGGAGGGGGAUCAGGGCGUGCAAGAAUCCGAGUCGAAGGCAGAGGAGCCCUCUGAGCCCGACCAGGAACUUUCAAGCACACCUGCUUCACUUGUCGAAGUACCUGUAAGUGGUGCCGACGAGGACAAAAGCAACAACGGUCAUGUGAGUGACUCUCUUAAUGAGGACACAGGGGGACAGUCGCUUGAUGAGCUUAUAGUUCUGGACGAGGUUACUCAGGGUAGUGAUUCCGACCUCGAACAGAGCAGAGUUAACGAAACUCCUGAAGAAAAGAGCGAACCCGUGUCGGACGCACAAGUAGACGAAAACGACGAAGAAUCUGCUGUAAAGAAAAUAACAGGCGUUCCACACCGAAGCAAGUUCGCAGAGGGUAUAAUCCCUUUUGAGGACACACCAGAGUUCACGGAGGUCGCUGAGGCGACUGGGGUUUACCUGAGGAUUCGAGGCUUGCUUAAAGAAUCUCCUCGAAAUCAGGCGAAAAACAAGAAGCUGACUUCCUGAGUUCGAAUUGUCUCUACGUACGAGUAGAGAAUACUUUCUGUGAAAAAGAACUCCUCUUUUUUUUUUUUUUUUUUUGCAGGAUGAUCCUAAGAGGUUAUUGUUGAACACCUUCUGUCCAGUCUGAUGUCAAAAUCCUGGCCAUCCUUGUUUUGCAGAUUUUAUACAAAAUCCUGUCUUUUUCUCCUACAUUACUGAAUUUGACCUCAAAAACCAAGGGUCAUUUAAUUUGCUUGUGCUUUUAUAAAUCCACAGAUGGCAACUUUUGUAAGCGAUGGUUUAGACUAGUAUUUUAUGUAAUGUACAGUUUUAUAAAAACAGAAUCUCCUUUUUUUUUUUUUGUCCUCUUAGACCCACGUUUCUAACAGUCUGGUAAAACUAUACUUGCAGUCGGGUCUCUACGAGUUUCUUUCCCAUUGGCCAUCAUUACUGGUAUGCGUUUGCGAUUUAUUAUUUUUUUUAACACUAAAUUAUUUUUAAGUCUAGAUUUUUACAGGGUUUGUCCUGAACUUGUUUUAUUCCUAAAUCUUUGAAGGCCAUGGUCAAGCUGUUUUGAGGGAUUCAAAAAAAAUAUAAAAAAAUAAAAUAUCUCGUUUGACUUUUACAA